AAUAUAUGUUGACCGGUUUGUUGUAAAUUCUCGUUGGGUUUCCAUUUACUACCGGAUGCAGCAGUAAAUAAACCCCAAAUCCAGAUUUUCAGACAAACCCUAGAGAGUCUGAAUCGUAAAAACAGGAAAAGGAAUCGGAGAUGACGACCACCGACGGCACCAUCGCCAACUCCGCUACCAAAAACCCUAAAAAGGCCAAUCUCUUGGAUCAUCACUCCAUCAAGUACUUACUCGAUGAAUCUGUAUCCGAGAUCGUGGCAAGCCGCGGUUACAGUGAAGAUGUUAGACUGAGUAAUGUUCGAUUGUUGAUUGGUGCGAUCCUGAUCAUCUACACCAAGGAAAAGAACGCAAUUUUGUUUACAUAUCCUCCAGCAGGGUCUGCUUACAAGAGCACUGGGUUGAUGAUAUCUUCAAAGUUGCCCAGAUUCUCUGAUAUGUAUACACUUACCAUAGCCAGUGCAGAUCCCAAAUCUAUUUCUGCAAACCCAACAGUGGAGUUCACCAAAAGUGUUACAAAAUGGUUUACAAAGGAUGGAGUGUUGGUGGAGGGUCUUUUCUGGAAAGAUGUUGAGGGGCUGGUGAACCAGUAUGCCAAAGAACACAAGAAAAGUUUGAUUAAUAUCCAAGUGAACAACGCAACCUUACUCUAAUCAAGCCACAUGCCUUCAAAAAUUACUUGUAGUCUGAUAUGUAUUGUCGUUGCUCCUCUUGAGCUUAUGCUCUCUCUUAGAUCUUAAAAAAAACGUGACAUGCACAAAGGAAUAAGGAUAAAGAUCUUUGUGAACUCUUCUUUUGCUUUUAUCUUCCUCAAAUGCCUCUCCUCGACCUCCAAUUUAUUUCUCUGCAUCAGAUACUAUAAAAACAAAUCAAAAUGAGACCAGAAAAGAGAUAUACAUACAAGUUGCAUAUACAUCAUAAAGCCACCAACGAAAGGUUUUACCUCUGACUACUUCUAUUACUAAAUGUUUAUAAUGCACCAUAUAUUUUAUCAUCCACAACUUUCUCCUUUAAGUGUGUUGUGUUCACUUUUCCAGUUUCUAAGCAGUUGGCCUGCACAAGCUUAGUUCCCAAAGGGUAAAACAGUAAUUCCAUUUGCACAUCAUCUUUCUGCAGGUGGUUAUUGUUUGCUUAAAGUAUUUAUUACCUAAAACACAAUUCCAUACUCAUUGCCACAGAAACCACCAUGAAACACUAUCCUCUUCUUCUCAAACUCUUUCUCAUUUCUGUCGGUCUUAUGUAUAUUUUUUAUAUUUUCAAUUUCGUUGAGACUUACUACAUUGUGAUUUUUAUUAGGUAACUGUUCAACUGGAAAUGGUACAAACUAUGGAAGCAAGAAGUGUAUCACAUAUUAGUGAUUUUUUAAAAAAAAAACAAAAAAUCAAAUGAUUUAUGGAUUUGCAUAUGUUUGUUUUUUCAAUAAAUUCAAACAAAAAAAAAGAAGAAGAUGGAAUGAGAUAAUUAAAUCUUUAAAAAUUAGCGAUGAUUCGUUUUUCCAACAAUGAUGGUGGAGGAAGUAGCAACGACGAACAUAAGCC